AGGCCAGACGCUCCCGCAUACAUAGUUCUCUGUCACUCCCAUAGUCCAUUUUCUUAGAACGAAUAUUCUCUCUCAAUUUUUUCCUUUUCUUUUUAAUUAAAUUCAUCUUCAUAAUCAUCAUCUUCUACUUGAAGUCUCUUUUCGUCUUUAAAAUCGCGUUUUGAAGAAGUUGUUUUUGAAAACAGCUUAAGAAAAAGAAAGAUGGCUGGAAAUGAUUGGUUAAACAGCUACCUAGAAGCGAUUCUUGACGUUGGUCCUGGUCUUGACGAUGCUAAAUCCUCUCUUCUUCUUAGAGAGAGAGGUAGGUUCAGUCCUACUCGUUACUUUGUUGAAGAAGUUAUUGGUUUUGAUGAAACCGAUCUCUAUCGUUCUUGGGUUCGGGCUUCUUCAUCGAGAAGUCCUCAAGAGAGGAACACUAGAUUGGAAAACAUGUGUUGGAGAAUUUGGAACCUUGCUCGUCAGAAGAAGCAGCUUGAGAGUGAGGCGGUGCAGAGAGUGACGAAAAGGAGGUUGGAACGUGAAAGAGGGAGAAGAGAAGCUACUGCUGAUAUGUCUGAGGAUUUAUCUGAAGGUGAGAGAGGAGAUCCGGUGAGUGAUGUUUCUGCUCAUGGUGGUGAAUCUACGAAAGCUAGAUUGCCGCGAAUCAGUUCUGCUGAUGCUAUGGAAACUUGGGCUAUUAAUCAUAAAGGCAAGAAGCUCUACAUUGUUCUCAUAAGUAUUCACGGCCUCAUACGUGGCGAGAAUAUGGAGCUGGGGCGUGAUUCUGAUACGGGUGGUCAGGUUAAGUAUGUUGUGGAGCUUGCGCGAGCCUUGGGAUCAAUGCCGGGAGUUUAUCGGGUUGAUUUGCUAACUAGGCAAGUCGCAUCGCCAGAUGUAGAUUGGAGUUAUGGGGAACCAACGGAAAUGUUGGCUCCUAGAAACACGGAUGAAUUUGGAGAUGACAUGGGAGAGAGCAGUGGUGCUUACAUCAUUCGUAUUCCAUUUGGUCCGAGAAAUAAAUAUAUUCCAAAAGAAGAACUCUGGCCUUACAUUCCUGAAUUUGUUGAUGGAGCGAUUGGCCACAUUAUACAGAUGUCGAAGGCUCUUGGGGAGCAAAUUGGUAGUGGGCAUGCUGUCUGGCCGGUUGCCAUUCACGGCCAUUAUGCAGAUGCAGGUGACUCUGCUGCUCUUCUCUCCGGUGCUUUAAAUGUACCGAUGGUUUUUACUGGCCACUCACUUGGUCGAGAUAAGUUGGAACAACUUUUAAAGCAAGGCCGAUUAUCAAGGGAUGAAAUAAAUACAACUUACAAGAUCAUGCGUAGGAUAGAAGGUGAAGAAUUAGCCCUUGAUGGUUCUGAAAUAGUCAUAACAAGCACCAAACAGGAAGUAGAAGAACAAUGGCGCCUGUAUGAUGGUUUUGAUCCAGUAUUGGAGCGUAAAAUACGAGCAAGGAUCAGGCGUAAUGUGAGCUGUUACGGUAGAUACAUGCCUCGCGUGGCGGUAAUUCCACCGGGUAUGGAGUUCCAUCAUAUCGUUCCACUAGACGGUGAUAUAGAAACUGAACCUGAAGGGAUUUUGGAUCAUCCUGCCCCCCAAGAUCCACCUAUUUGGUCUGAGAUAAUGCGGUUCUUUACAAACCCUCGCAAGCCUGUGAUACUUGCUCUUGCCAGACCAGAUCCUAAGAAGAACAUCACAACUUUGGUGAAAGCAUUUGGAGAAUGCCGUCCUCUUAGAGAGCUUGCUAACCUUACAUUAAUUAUGGGUAACCGAGAUGGAAUUGAUGAAAUGUCAAGCACAAGUUCUUCUGUUCUUCUCUCAGUACUCAAGUUGAUUGAUAAGUAUGACCUGUAUGGGCAAGUGGCAUAUCCUAAACACCACAAACAAUCUGAUGUUCCUGAAAUAUAUCGUCUAGCAGCGAAGACAAAGGGUGUCUUUGUCAAUCCUGCUAUCAUUGAGCCGUUUGGCCUUACCUUAAUUGAGGCAGCUGCUUAUGGGUUGCCAAUGGUUGCUACUAAAAAUGGUGGUCCUGUUGAUAUUCAUCGGGUACUUGACAAUGGUCUGCUGGUAGAUCCCCAUGAUCAGCAGUCUAUUGCAGAUGCUCUUUUGAAGCUUGUUAGCAACAAGCAACUGUGGGCAAAAUGUAGACUGAAUGGGUUGAAGAAUAUUCAUUUAUUUUCAUGGCCGGAGCACUGCAAGACUUACCUGUCUAAAAUAGCCACUUGCAAGCCAAGGCAUCCUCAAUGGCAGCGAAGUGAGGAUGGAGGUGAAAGUUCAGAAUCAGAAGAAUCACCUGGUGAUUCACUGAGAGAUAUACAUGACUUAUCUCUUAACCUGAAAUUUUCAAUGGACGGAGAGAGAAGUGGGGAUAGUGGAAAUGAUAAUUCUUUGGAUCCCGAUGGAAAUGCAACAGAUAGAAGUGCAAAAUUAGAGAAUGCUGUUUUAUCUUGGUCAAAGGGCAUUUCUAAGGACGUACGCAAGGGUGGGACUGCUGAAAAAUCCGGUCAAAAUUCAAAUGCUGGUAAAUUUCCGCCAUUGAGGAGUAGAAAUCGACUAUUUGUGAUUGCAGUGGAUUGUGAUACUACUUCAGGUCUUCUUGAAAUGAUUAAAGUAAUCUUCAAGGCUGCUGGUGCGGAGAGGGCUGAUGGAUCUGUAGGGUUCAUCCUGUCAACCUCAAUGACAAUAUCUGAAAUACAGUCAUUUCUUAUCUCAGGCGGCUUGAGUCCCAAUGAUUUUGAUGCUUAUAUUUGCAACAGCGGCAGUGAUCUCUACUAUCCAUCCCUCAAUUCUGAAGAUCGCCUAUUUGUGGGUGACUUGUAUUUCCACUCUCACAUUGAAUACCGUUGGGGUGGAGAAGGGUUAAGAAAGACUUUAGUACGCUGGGCAGCUUCGACCACUGAUAAGAAGGGUGAGAGCAACGAGCAAAUUGUGAGUCCUGUUGAACAGCUUUCUACUGACUACUGUUAUGCUUUCAAAGUGCGAAAGCCAGGAAUGGCUCCCCCUCUGAAGGAGCUUCGUAAGUUGAUGAGGAUCCAAGCUCUGCGUUGCCAUCCUAUAUAUUGUCAGAAUGGAACAAGACUGAAUGUUAUUCCUGUUCUGGCAUCUCGUUCCCAAGCCCUCAGAUACCUAUAUGUUCGAUGGGGUUUUGAAUUGUCAAAGAUGGUGGUGUUUGUUGGAGAAUGUGGGGACACCGAUUAUGAAGGACUGGUUGGCGGCCUACACAAAAGUGUGAUAUUGAAGGGAGUCGGAAGCAGUGCAAUCAGUCAACUCCAUAAUAACAGAAACUAUCCUCUCUCAGAUGUUAUGCCAAUGGACAGCCCUAACAUUGCUGAGGCAACUGAGGGGAGUAGCAGUGCUGAUAUUCAGGCUUUGUUGGAAAAAGUAGGAUACCUCAAGGGAUGAAAGUUAUCUGUCUCUGCAUGUCUUCUGUGAAGCACUGAAACCUACUUCUGAUAACCUGACAUUUAUCCACAUUGUUCAUAAAUCUAUCUUCCUCCCCUCUUGUUACUUCUAUAAUAAUCAUUCUCUUCAUCACAAUCUUGCCCCUUGAAGCAUAUUUCGUCUUGUUUCUCUUAUCUGCCUGUUGUUUUUGUAUCUACAUAUUACAGUUUCAAUAAAAGGCCAGUUCUCAUUUCAUUUA